CAGGGAAGGAGUAGAACUGCCCUGUGCAUGGACUGUAUGAAUCAUUUGCAAAACAACAUGGGUUUGCUCUGCUCAUAUUGCAGCUUUUAAGAAAACAGAAGAAUUCCAGCAGAGAGCAAGACGAUCAUAUCCAGAGUUUUCCCUAAUUAAAUAGCGAUUUGAGUUCUCAAGGGGGCUGUGGUCUCUACAGAAAGGCGAAGGAUAAGCUUCCUCUUUGUAAGUGGUUGCUAGGAGAUAUGUGAACUAGCUCCAGUCAGUUUCUUGCCCAUGCUCAGUAGAAGACUGAAAAAAGUAGAAGAAGAAAAAAAACGAAACUACUAUUUACAAAUACCACCUCCUUUGAAAGACUUUUCUACGUUACACCCAGCUAAUCUGUUCAAGAACUGUAGAUGUGUGAUGAGUGAGCUGUGGAAUUCUAUACGGGCAUUAAAAGUAUUUGGGGUCAAGCAUGCAUCGUUAAACUAAAAGUGCCACUAAAAUCAUACAAAGUUUCAAGACUCAGCAAAACAAUUGAAUGCUCAACAUGGAAAAUGACUAUCUGCCAAUGAAAUCUGACUAUGACAUGUUUGAAAACAUUUCAUAUUACUAUGAAUAUGAUCUUGAAGAACCUUCAGAUGUCACAGACAGCCACCAUUUUCUUCACAUCAUUUCUAUUGUAAUUUAUUCUGUGGCCUUCUUAUUGGGAGUACCUGGUAAUGCCAUAGUCAUUUGGUUCACUGGUAUCAAAUGGGAGAAGACAUUUAACACCAUUUGGUUCCUCAAUCUGGCUGUUGCUGAUUUAAUUUUUGUCCUCUUUUUGCCCUUUCAUAUCACCUAUGUGGCUACUAACUUCCACUGGCCUUUUGGGAAAUUGUUAUGCAAACUCAACUCUUUCAUUACUUUGAUCAACUUAUUUGCCAGUGUUUUCUUCCUUAGUGUUAUUGGCCUUAACAGAUUCCUUCAUUUGGCUUUCCCCAGUUUCUCACAGAAACACUUUACACUAAAAAAGUCAGUGGUUAUAAGCGUGAUUGUAUGGCUUUCUGCAUCAAUUAUUGCUUGUCCUUCGCUGUUCUUCAGAGACACACUCAUAAUUAGCAAAACAAAAACUGUCUGCUUCAUCAACUUCCACGAUACUGACACAUCCCUCAGGAUGAGGAGACAUAUGAUUCUUACAUUGGUCAGGUUUCUCUUUGGAUAUUUCAUCCCUUUGAUCACUAUGAUAGUCUGUUAUACCAUCUUGACUGUCAAGAUGAAAGCAAAUAAGGCAAUAGUUUCCUCUAAUUUUUUCUGGACAACCUUUGCUGUAGUUGUGGCUUUUUUUGUGUGCUGGACUCCUUUCCAUAUAUUGAUGUUAUUGGAGAUUCAAGUUCAUCACACAAAUGCUAUCCAUGAUGUUCUUAGAAUUGGUGUUCCCCUUUCCACAAGUUUGGCUUUUGUUAACAGCUGCCUUAAUCCAAUCCUUUAUGUUUUAACUAGCAAAGUUUUCAGAGUACAGUUUUGCACAACAAUGGCAAACAUAUUCAAACACACUAUCCAGGAUAUCAGCCAGACAGGUACUCUCAGUGAGCAUCUGAUGGAGACAGAAAAUAAGCCAUCCUUCUGUGAAACAGCCACCUAAAUAAAUAUAAGUGGAAUGAGAUUUCAAGGUUUGUUAUAUAACGGGAAAUUAAAUGCUAAAUUGUAUCCCUGUUUAAUUAAAGGGACACUAAACAUAUUGUUAUUACAAUACAUUUCUGUUGUCUUGCUAUAGUAUAAAAUAUUAGCCAAGUA